AUGACCACACAAAUGCGGACGUUCAUUGUUCCCACAGUCUCUCGUCGUGCCGACUUUGUCCAGGAGCUCUAUCUGAAGGAGCUCAAGGCCUACAAGGUCCCCGCCGUCAAGCCGGAGGACGCCCAGGGCCAGGUCUCCACCUUCUCCUUGCCCAGCGCCCCGCGGUCGCCUGAGGAGGCCGACCUCGCUAGCAGCCUGCAGGAGUACGAGUCGAUGGCCGUCGAGGUCGAGGGCCAGGAGGUCGCCGCUGACGGCGAGGCAUCGGCCGCCCCCGUUGAGGACUGGCUCGUCGAGGAGGAGGAUGAGGAUGACGCUCACCAUUAA